GCGUGAGGCUGGAACAGGUUUCAACAGCCGAACCGAAGGCUGAAGGCGAGCGAUUUAUAUUCCGGAGCAACCAGUUUCGUCGUCGCCGCCGCUGUCGCCAACCGACUCUCCCAAAGUCUUUACACGAGGGAAAUGUGAAGAUCAAACCGUAGAUUCAGAGACAGAGACAGAGAGAACAAGUAAUUUGUCAAAGCAACGGAGACAUUGAGCAUGGAAGUGACGGCUAAAGCUCCGGGAAAAGUCAUCCUCGCCGGCGAGCACGCGGUCGUGCACGGAUCCACGGCGGUGGCCGCUUCCAUCGAUCUCUACACCUACGUCACCAUCUCUGAUUCCGAUGGCAAUGAUGAACUAAAGCUCCAUCUGAAAGAUAUGGGCUUAGAAUUUUCUUGGCCAGUUGGUAAAAUUAGAGAAGCACUACCUGGAAUGGGUGAUUGUGAUCCUUCGUUGCCCAAGCCAUGCUCAGCAGAGACCAUAACAUUAUUUGCUGCUUUAGUUGAAGAAGAAAAUAUUCCAGAAGCAAAAAUUACAAUUGCUGCAGGAGUUUCAGCAUUUCUCUGGCUAUAUACCUCCACCCAAGGCUAUAAACCUGCAAAGGCGGUUGUCACUUCUGAGCUCCCACUUGGCUCAGGCUUGGGGUCAUCUGCUGCAUUCUGCGUGUCACUCUCUGCUGCCCUUCUUGCUCUGUCAAAUUCUGUGAAUCAAGAUUUUGGCCAUCAAGGUUGGUUGACACUCAAAGAGAAUGAGCUGGAAAUAGUGAACAAAUGGGCUUUGGAAGGUGAAAAGAUAAUCCAUGGGAAAUCAUCUGGCAUCGACAACACAGUAAGCACGUAUGUUAAUCUGAUGCAAAAGACUUCUGAAUUUGGAUAUGCAAGCGACCAAGUUUCUGUAACAGGCAACAUGAUCAAGUUUAGGUCAGGGGAGUUGACAUGUCUCGAGUCCAAUGUAUCACUUAAAAUGCUCAUAACUAACACAAAAGUUGGGAGGAACACAAAAGCAUUGGUCGCCGGUGUUUCAGAGAGGAAGGACAGGCACCCCAUUGCUAUGAGUGCAGUGUUUAAGGCUGUUGAUUCUAUCAGCAAUGAGGUGGCUUCCAUUAUGCAAUCACCUGCUCAUGAUGACAUUGCCAUAACUGAGAAAGAAGACAAACUAGAGGAAUUAAUUGAAAUGAAUCAAGGGUUGCUCCAAUGUAUGGGUGUCAGCCAUGCUUCAAUAGAAACCAUUCUGCGAACAACGUUUAAGUACAAGUUGGCUUCCAAGUUGACAGGAGCUGGUGGUGGAGGCUGCGUCCUGACACUAUUACCAACUUUAUUAUCAAGAACAAUUGUUGAUAAAGUAAUUACAGAGCUGGAGUCCUCUGGAUUCCAAUGUUUCAUUGCUGGAAUUGGUGGGAAAGGCGUUCAGAUUUGUUUCAACCCUACAUCCUAAGUUCCGCAGGGGCAGCCUUUAAUAGCAGUUGAUCGACCCCAAUUGGACCAGACAAUCCGGCCCGGCCCGAUUCUCAAAAGCAUUGAUAAAGUAAAGGUAAUUAGGUUCAUAGAGACCCUUGUUGUUGCUUUUAGUUUUUACAAACGCGUAAGUGGUUUUGUUUUGUUGUUAAGAGUGUUUACUUGUGGUAUUUCAUGGUCACGAUAAUUUAGCUAGCCUAAAUAGGUUGGUUUGAUGUUAGAAUUCAGCUAUGAAAGAAAGUAGAUUAUAGGGACCGAGAUACCAAAAAUAAAAUCACAGUGGAACUGCACAUGAAGAAGACAGAGAAGAUGUUGGUCCUGAACACCCUCACAAGCCGCUACUCAUCAAU